AUGUGGCAGCACGGUCUUCUCCUCCUUGAGACUCAGUUGAAAAGAGGGAAAGAAAUUAAACGAUUGUCUAUAGACCAAAACAUACCAGAUGUUCCAACGUUGGAAGGAUUUGAAUGUUUGCUCGGAGAAUCUCCUACAAAUUAUCCUAAAGGUGAAGGUAUCGAAAAUAUGGAAAGUGAAUUACAUUUUGCAGCCAUUGAUGCAGAAAUAUAUGACCUGGAAACCAAUGAAAACGAUACACAAGAAACAGAAUGUAAUUUACAAGUAACUAAUACUAAGGAAGAAGUUGAUGCUUCAGCACCAUUGGAAGAAAACAUAGAUGAAAAGGUGGAAAAAGUUGAGACACUACUUUCUACAGUACAAUUAGAAAAUAUUGCACAUGACACUCAAGUUCCUAAUAAUAAUACAGUAGCACCUGAUUUAUCAAUGUCUACAGCAGCAUCUGAUUUAUCAAAGUCGACAGCAGCAUCUGAGUUAUCCAAGUCUACAGCAGCAUCUGAUUUAUCGAAGUCUACAUUAAAUACAUCAAAUGUAAAGAAUUUUGAAUGUAGCAAGAAAAUCAAAGAGAAAACAGAAUCUUCAACAGAUACAGUGGAUGGCACAAACAAUACGUUGAAAGAAGUUAAACCAUUUACAGAUAGCCAGUUAGCUUUGCUCUAUGAUAACCAAGAAUUGGGAAUAAUUGAUAUGUUUAUUUCAGAAUUCACAGAAACUCAACUUAGAAGUAGUGCAGUUAAACAACAACAUAGAUUACAAGUGGAAACACAGAAACAAUUAUGGUGUUUAGAUAAAGCAUCCAUUACAGAAGCAGGAGAAUGUCAAGAUGGAAAUCCAGUUACUGCUACACAUGAAUAUUCUAUUGCACACUUCAAUAAAAAAGCAUUAAUAUCUCUGUCACGAACGCUGUCAACUAUAAAAGAUAUGUUGCAUAAUACCCAAGCAUUGUAUUCUUACGAAGCUGAAUUAUUAAGAUUACAAAUUGAACAUUAUAUUCAAAGUGUAUGCAAUUCUUGUAAGGAAUUUGCAAGUCUUUCGCAAAACGCACCCAUUAGCCUAGCAAUUGUACAGACACAUUUACAAAUAAUACCACAAUUAGUGGAAAUCAGGAUGUGUAUAACUAUAUUAUUUAACUUUCAAAGGAAAUUAUUAAAAGACGGAAAAUUUGUAACAGACACUAGAGAGUGGCUUACAAAACUCGUAGCUAUUCUGUUGAGAGUUGCAAACUGGCAAGAUCAUUUAUUCUUAUUAAAUCACAUCUUGAGAUGCCCUGGUGGUGUAAUGAAUUGGGCAUGUAGUUAUGUACAAAUGCCAGCACCCCAAGAGUUCACUGAAUCGAGUACAUCACCGUUGAAUGACCCAUAUUUAGAUCACAUAGUAGCUACACUGGCUGUUAUUCUACUACCAAUAAAAGAUAGAGAUAAAUUUCUCGAACAGGUACAGAUUUCAUUACAAGAUACAACAUAUAGUCCUGGUGACACAGUUUGGGUAAUGUUAGACCAAGAAGGCGAAGAAGAUGAAGAUAUAGCAAAUAGUGGCGCAAAUCUCUAUGAAAAUGAUCUGAUUUCUUUACUGAAUCAAAUUCCUUUUAAUAAAGUGUUCAAACAUAUAUUAUACAUACAAUGCCAGAAUGAUGGAUACCAUCAGAACAAAAAUUUCAUUACUCAUCAUCACAUGUUGCGCCUUUUUGCAUUUUUUACAAUUAUUGUUAAACUUCUCAGACAAGGUUUAAAAACAUAUGAUUCCCCACGAUAUAGACAACUAGCUAAACGGCUUUGUGCACUAAUUAGAGAUAUCGUGCAAUAUACUAGUGACCAAUGGGAGGAAUUCAAUAAGACUCAGCCUACUGAUAAAUCAACAUUGCUGAAACUGCAAUUGGAGUUUGAUUAUUUCUUUUUAAGAGCAGUUCUAUCCAUAUUUUCUUCCCGUCGUUUGGGCGCGUGGCAAUAUUUAGCUACUAUUUCGUAUCAUUUAAUAUCCUCCAAUACUUUGUGGCAAAUUUUCUACAUUUUACACACUGAUUCUAUACUAACGGACAUUCAUACGACUAAUCUACAUGUAGAAAGUAAGUACAACUGGGAAAAUGAGUUAAACUGUCCACAACUUCGUAAACACUUCGAGGAAAAAUUAAGUAAUAUGCUAGGAGAUGAAUCGUAUUUCCUUUUAACGACUUUUGCUAAUAUGGCAAUGGCAAGAGUUGACAAAGAUUAUGACUUUGUAAGAGCAACAACGAUUGAUUUAUUUCAAAUUGGAUUCUUAAGCGAAAAAACACAAGAUUCUUGUUCUAAAGAUGCUCGAUCUCUAUUAUCAAAUUUAACAUACAAAUAUCCUUCACUUCUAUCAGAUAUUUUGCACAAAUUAAAAGAUAAUUUUGAAUCAGCUGGAAAGUUAAGUUUAUAUUUAUUUACCGAAUUGAAGAUAGACAAGUGGAAUCCACAAGAGCAAGACAUAAUGAUACUUUCUACGUGGUUACAUCAACAUUCAUUGACGUCAACUGAGAAUUAUUUAGCUCGACUCAUUCUUUGCCAAUUGAAUUGGGGUUUCGACGAGAAUGGUAGUUUAUAUCUUCCCAUUGAAUUACACAGACGCAUAGCACUACUAAUUGUUGAACUUACAAUGAAGUAUGUACCUGAUUGUCCUACUGAAAGUGCAUCUUUAUUGGUAGAAAGCGUUAAACAGGUUUCAUUGAUGAUAAGGCCACAGAGUGCUGAGCAGAUUUUUGCGCUGUGGGCAUGGGAAAUAGUUUCUAAACUUAGAUUACACCAGUUCGAUCAGAAUGACGAAAUUUGUCAAUAUACAGUAAUGAAUCCGACAGACGCAUUUGCUCAUAUACCGGAUAUGGAUUCCGAUUCGUAUUUGGAAAUCUUAAUGAUUGGUACACGCGAAAAUCAACCGAUUGCGUGCUAUGUAGCAACAGUUAUGACAUUAUGGGGCCACUCUGUGCCUCUGAUAUGUUCGAAGGGUUUCAGUCAAUUGCAUAUAUUACAGUGUCAUUAUAAAUAUGAACAAGUACUUGUAUGUUUGCAUAAUAUUAUACCGUUAUUCUUGGACUGUGUCGAUUCAUUGCUAAAAAAUGACAAAUUUAUUAGUCUAAUUAUUUCUUUAAUUAUGGCUGAUAGAUCUUACAUGAAUGUGGCUAAAAGUUUCAUAGCCACAGAGUUUCCUGGAAUAAUAUUAAAACAAUUUUCAAAUAUGAUACAUUCACAUUUACGUCGUUAUAAAAGAUACUGUUUAGAAACACCAAAGAAAUUUGUACAUUUAUGGUUGAAUGUACUUGUACUUGUACCAGAUUGGAACAAAGAUCAAAGUGUAAUGUACUUAAUGGACACUGUGAUCAGUGCUGCAUUUUUUUAUGCUGAAGCGAAAACAUCAGCGGAGAACAUGUUUCAAAGUCUUCUUUCUAAUACGACGUCAACUCGGAAUGUAGUAGCAUCAUUUGGAUCAUUUUUAAACUGGGCAACUGGCUCUUCAAAUUCAAUUAGCCUUUUAGGAGGAUCUAUACAAUCAAUUUGGGUUGCUUAUCAGGUGCUGUCGGUUGAACAGUAUAAUAGGGAAAUUAAAAGUGGACUGUGGCGUGAAAUUUUGCGAGAGUUAUCUGCACAGAAUAAAAUAUCAUUAGAUACAGCUAUUAAGAGAGCUUGUACAACAGUGAAAAUGCAACCGUUCGGAGCUAAUGGAUUAUUUAUAUAUCGUUGGUCUCAACAAGCAUUGGAUACUCCUAUGGAUCAUCCUCUUCUUCCCCUUUUAUGGCAAAAUUUUUUUACUCUAUUUCUUGCCAGAGUUCCGACAACAUCUGGACUUAUCGAUCGUGGCGGCGUCGGUGAAAAGUUUUUCGAAGGAAUGAUUAAUUUAAGUUACUUGAAAAAAAUAAAAAAGAGACUACACGAUACUACCACGUAUUUUCAAUUAAAAGGAGAAAGAGAUUUAGAUGAGGGGAAACCAAUUACAGAUGAAAGACGAAUAUUUUAUUUUAAUGCUGCCAAAUUUUACAAAACAUUAAGUUUGUGGCUUGAGGAACCAAGAUUACAAGAACCAGGCCUUUACCUUCCAGCUCUACCUCCACAAUAUAUGUCACAAAAAUUAGUGUUGCUUGUUCAGGAGGACUGGACUCCGUGGUUAGAAUAUGUUGAUUACUGGACAGUUCAGCAAAAUCAAAUGAAGGCAGUCCAUGAGUGGGAACGUUUGUGUUAUAGAAACCAAGAAAGUCAACUCCAGAACAGAACAAAUCCAUCAAUUAUAUUUUUAGAAAUAGCUGAUCCAUUGCAAAGAAUUUUUAAAAGAUUAACUACAUAUGAACAUCCUAUUCCGCCACCAUCGAUAAAUCGAAUUAAAAAAGUUCUUAAUUGCGUGCCUAGAGAUAAUCUGUAUAAUUCUAAUUUGAUCGUUGACUUAAUCAAGCCUUACCUUAAAAUUAUAUCAGAUUAUGCUCAAACGUAUAAUCUACUGGUUUCUGAACAUACAGCUGUAGAUUGUAGUUUCCUGGAAUUAGUGCCUACACUUUAUCGAGAAAUUGAAAAUCAGAUAACACUGCAUGCAUUAUGUGAUACAGCACCUUCGAAUCAAAAACGAUCUAGAUCAGGAACACCGCCUACCGUCCAUUGUGCUGGUCCAGCAAUAAUUAGAUUCGAGGUAGCCGAAGCUCAUAUUAAUAGUGGCGUUGACGACAUGGUAACACAGAAUAGGGCAGAAUAUGAAAAUUUAUUGAUAAAGGCUAGUCAGCCACCGCCUAGUAAAGUCACUCAAGGAUGCGUCUUUAUAGACCAUUUACUUGCAAUGUUAGAACAUGAAGUAACUUUAAGUCGAACUAGUGAAAACACGGUGGUGUUAUGCAAAAUUCAAGAAAGCGGAGUUAAAUUGUUUUAUUAUCUCAUAGAAUAUUACACAGAGGAAGCAGCAUUGUGUCCGCCGACGAAACAACUUAUUACAACUUGUUUAGAAAAGUUGGGGCAAUUAUUUAUUAGUGGCGAGGAAAGUCAAGGUCCACAAUUAUUAAGUACUAUAAUACAAAGACCAAAUCUUGGUGGAUUACUUGGACCAUACUUUACACCUGUAGCUGGUGGCGCUUCGAAAUUUUUACACAUGUAUGAAACACUUGUUGAACUGUCAACUGGAAUCAACAUAGAUCUUUGUUUUGUAUUGUUAUCGAAGUUUGAUAUUGGAAGCUGGUUGAAUUAUAGACGUCCUAAGUUGAGCGAACGAUCGACGUUCAUAGAUUUAGUAUCCAGAGCUCUCUGUAAUAUAGGCCUUAAUCCCGAUGAAGACAAAUUGAUACUACAUGAGCUAUUUAGAAAUCAUUUACGACUCGUUUUAUUACACGAAUUUCCCGAACACUAUGGUGAAGUUUUGAGUGUGGUAUUAAAAAGUAGUGAGAGUCAAAAUUUGUCAUUAGACGUGUGGCGAGAUUUAUUGGGGACUCUCAGUGGUAAACCAAAAAAUUCAUUUUCCAUUCAGUCGUCUAAAAUUAGGGACGAUAUUCGUCACUAUGCUACUGAACAAAGGCUUCUUUCUAGACAAGAGAUGUUCGACACAGCUAUAUUAUUAAGUAGACAUUUUAUGCAAGAACGUUUGCAGUAUGGUCUUUAUGGACUGUAUCCAAAGUAUAGAGUUUACAACGAACCAUUAACUGUGUUCCUUGGCAUGGUUAUAAUAAUUUUUCAAUAUUAUUAAGUAUGUGAAAAAAUAUGGCCUGUCUUAAGUGAUAUGUAUUCUCCUUGGAUUACUCCAUAUUGGACGCGAAAUUUAAAGGAACCGACAGCUGCCUGGAUUCAACAACUUACAGAUGAUCGAUCCGUUUUAUUGCCAUGGAUUAUUACAGAUGGUCCUUAUGCUAACAAAAUCGUGGCAAUGUUCGUCGAAUGUGUUCGUUUUAUUAUUGACACACUGCCAACAUCCAGCAAGAUCUUGAGCUUCGUCUGGCAGUUCUAUGUCACUAAUUUUGCACAUGCCUCGGUUAAAGAUCACAUUCUAAAUGUUAUUCAUGGAAACUUCUUAUCAUUGCCAUGGGACCAUUUUUAUCCAGGAGUAAAUGACAUAGAUUUUAUGAUAAAAGUGAUUGACCAAUAUUUACCAGACAGUCAUUUAUUUCUUGGAAGUGUAUUCAUAUGCGUGAAUUGGUCAGUUUGGAUGAACGAGUAUCUGGCAGCACAGCCAUUGCCAGUUACAGCAAGAAUCCACGUUUAUCUAUUAAAUUUAUUAGUGAAGUUAUCAAACGAACCAAAUGUCCGACAGAAUGAGAAAGCAGUUCAAUUAGUCACUGAAGCUGAAAAGUUUUCAUGGCAUUUACUGGAUGCGACUGCAUAUGAUCAAAUAAUUAACUGGCAUGUUAUGAGUUGCGAUCCAAUUGUUAUUCUGAAUAUUGAUUAUGACCAAUGUCAUCCUAUAGAUAUUGCUGUGAACAAUCUGUUAAAGGUAUCAGCAGGGUACAGCCCUUUUUUAAUUCAUUUCCACCCAACUACAUUAAAAAAGAAACAAAUGUAUGUUCGAUCAUCGAUAAAACUAUUGAUCAGUUGUACAACUCGACACAAAUCUUUGUUAUCUACGACUCCAAAGUUAUUUACUAAUGCAUUGUUGAGAAUGUUAGACGACAUGGAAGCUGUUAUUAUGAAUACUGUUCCGGAAUCACAACAAAUCGCGGAAGCAAGUUUGCUAAUAACUGAGUUGUUGCAUGCUACCAAUCAAAGUGGGCUUUUAAUGGAAUAUCUUCGUACGAGUUGGACUUCGUGGCUUUUGAAAAGGACAGCCACGAAUUCGAUUCUCAUAGCUGUACUUAGAGUUGUAAACACAGCAAUUACUUCAUCAUCUAUACUUGGAGAAUUAAUGGAGGCUGCAUUGGAAGCAUAUUUUAAAUUUAAUGCAUCUGAUGAAGUUCGACCAACAUGGGCUACAGUUUUAACUAUUUUACAACCAACAAUGUCUCGACAACCACCACUGGAGAUGGUACUUGUUUCUGAAGGAAGGCUUCUGACUCUAUAUUCCGUCUUACUUAAGCGACUACCACUAUGCCAUGAUAUCAAAGAAGAAGGAGAGCUUCUUAUAAAUCUAGUCGAUUGGAUCUCUGCUGUAAGGCCCACGGAUACCAACGAAGAAAAGCUUCCUCUGCUAUGGGCUAAAACCUGUGAAUUAGCCUAUAGGCAAUGUCAAUAUAAUGAAAAUACUUUUAUCGCUGUUAAAGCUCUCAAAGGUUUAGCACGUGUUUUAUUAACAAUAGCCGACGAGGGAGGACAAAGUUGGGGUAUAUUAGGAGCUAUUGGUUUUAAAAAAGGAUCGCAGCUCUCUAUUAGGUGCAAGUUUUUGAGUCGUGCAGUAGGCGUGUAUUGUUUGGCACAAUUACCUGACUCGAAAUUUGAGCAACAAUUACUGAGGUAUAAUCCUCAUUCACCUGGAGUUGCGCCUAUAAGAACAACCGAUUCAGAUUCAAUGGACAUUCGACCUAGUACAGAGGCCAUUAAAGCUAUGCAGACUUUGGAAAGGCUUUUAUUAAACAAGCAAUAUAUGGAACUUAAAGGAGACAUAGAACGUUCAAUUAGAUUGAUAAGAGAUCCUGGUAAUUCAAUACAUAAUGCGGUAACAGUGAUAGGUGUAUUAACGACAGAACUUUACAAUCAAAGAUAUUUACAUGUUUUAAUUGAGUAA